UUGUAAUGCUCAGUUCCUCAAGGAAUGAAGAGUGACCAUUUCUUUAUUCUAAAUGAGGGUGGCUCCUGAGGCCUUUUUUUUAGAGUUUCAGUACACCUGUGUUUGGGAAGAUGUCCUUCAUCCGAGCUGUGUGUUCUCCUUCACCUCUUGAAUCAGAUCCUUCCUUCAGUGUCGACUGACACCCCAAGUUCUGAAGGUCAUGAAAAUUGUCAAACUGAAGAUGUUUUUGGAUUACUGCCGGCCAAGAUGACCAAUCAUAUUCUGAUGCUGCUCUACAAUGGCAAGAUAGAUUUUAUUCUGAGUCUGGUAGACUCCCUCGACCAAGACAACAUGGAAAUUACAAUAUGCCUCCCUUGCUUGACUUGGAUGAGCCAGAAUGGUCAGCAGUGCCAUCUACUAAGAAUGAUAACAAAAGUAACCAUAAUAACAAUACUGUGCCCAACAUUCCUCCUGCUGAAUGCAAGACACCUGGCCCUGGCUUCGUCCCUCCACCAGUUCCCCUGGAUAGAGACCCCAGAGGUCGUCCCUUUGCAUGGGAUCCAAGAAGGCCACCCCCAUUCCCACUGCCUCCUCCAGGAAACAUCUAUGGAGGUUCUACAGACUAUUUUCCACCAAUGGACUUUGCUGGACCACCCUUUCCACCAUACCCAGGCCAACCAUAUUGUGAUUCUUUUCUACAAAGUCAAGAGAGAUUUUAUUCUGAAUCUGGUAGAAACCCUGGACCAAGACACCACAGAAAUUAUUAUAUGCCUUCCUCAUCUGAUAUGUAUAAGCCAGAAUCUUCAGCAGUGCCAUCCACUGUGAAUGAUAUGAAAAAUGACCAUAGUAACUCCACUGUGCCCAACACUCCUGCUGAAUGCAAGACACCUGGCCCUGGCUUCAUUCCCCCUUUUGUUCCCCAGGAUAGAGGCCCCAGAGAUCAUCCCUUUGCAUGGGAUCCAAGAAGACCACCCCGAUACCCACCACCUCCUCCAGCAAACAACUAUGGAGGUCCUCAACAUUAUUUUCCACCAAUGGACUUUGAUGGCCCACCCUUCCUACCAUACCCAGAAAUAUGUGUGAAUCCAGAGGUUUUCCACCCUUCCUUCCUCUAAGAGCUGGGUUCUUCCCCCACCCCCACAUCCAGAAAGGAGAAAUGAGAGACCCCAGACUUGAUUCAGCCUUCCAAACAACCUGCAACUGAAUCUCCAUACUACACUGUAACCUCAGGAAAUAAAGGAGACCUGAUAGAUUCUUCAGCAUUCAUUUUUUUAGAUGAAGUUUAUGUAACUUGUUCUUAUGUUAGUAUGCUGUUGUGUAAUGGAAUAGCAUUUUGUAAAUAAAGAUAAUUUAACUAUGAA